GUCAAUAGGAAUGCAUGCUGUGGGGGUAAUCAAAUGAAAUAUAAACACUAUCGUCGCCGUCGGCGAACGACAGCCUCCAUGGAGGCAAAGUUACCAUCGUGGCCAUAGGCAAGAUGCCGAUCGAUGCUUACAAAUAGUUACGUAUCACAGUUAACCCCAUUUACAAUUCUAGGAGUAAAGUUAUCCAUUUGGUCAAAAACUGAGUGAAUAUUUAUAGGAUUCGUAUUGUUAGCCUGUAUUCGUCUCGUCAACGCCUUAUCAACGCCACGUUCGUGACGAAUCGUGCUGCCUGGCUUUGCUUUUAGACUGGUGGCUGGUCGUUCCUGCUUCGCCACUCUUCCAGCUUCUAAGACCUGAAUAUUCUCACUUUUCGUCGUAAUGAAAGAGCGCUUAGCUGAAAUCCUGGCGCUGCGCAGUGUGGUCGAUGCUCUUCAACAGGAAGACAUGGUGCGAGUGCUGGGUGAAGUCACCAUACUCUCCGAUGAGUAUUUGCCAAUGCUCGCGUUUCUCAUGGCUCCAGACAAUUUGACGUGCCUGGUCAGUUCAAUGCUCCAAGAACCUACACCAACAGCGAAGGCCACAGCAGCAGCAGCCCGACAGCCGGGAGAACCACCGUCAUACGAGGAAUACGCGACAGCAUUUCGAGCUCAUUGGGUAUUAUGUGUGUCAGGUUUCUCUCACCAAUUAUUAGCAGCUAUGAGCGCUCUGAAGGGCGAACCUCGAGCUUUGAUCGCCCACACUCUCGCCGAGUUCAAUUCACGCGAUAGCAUGACUCUUGAGGCCUUUGCUCGGUUUAUCACAGCCUUCAUGGAUCAAUACUCACCGCAAAUGUUCAUGGCACUUUUUGACAAAAAUAUUCGACAGCAGAAAAAUUUUCUCGAGUCGCUACUGUUGCUCGUAUUUUAUGAACCGUUGAGGGAUGUCAUGGUCCGAUUGUGUAAUGAACUACCGGGAACCGACUCGGAACCGGAAGUGGAGGCACUGGUUGGUAUCUCGCUCCUCCAACUUUCUCCGAUGAACCCCAUCCAGCAGAUUAGUGACCGCGUUUCGGAAAAAAUUCACCAGCGCGUGGCAAAAGAUAUCGAGACUGUGCGAUUUUCACGAAUGGUCUUCACUUGCGACUUGCUGACUGAUCUCAUCCAUGAGAAACGAGAAGGCAGUCUGGGAUUUGCAAUGACGAUGUCACUUGGUGAAUCUGGGUCAAAUGCUGAGCAGUUGAUUACAGCAGCUUUACGUGAUCUACAUGAACUCCCUACGUUGUUCGCGAAUGAAUCCUACGUCUUGAAAGUGCUGAACUCGCUGUUACAGCAAACUCAGUGUGGUUGUGUGACAAAAGCGGCUUUUUGUCGAGCUACCGCUGCUACACACGACGCUGAAGUUAAAGAAGGCGAAGAUUCCGUCACUGCGGCGUGCACAGAAGGCAGUCCUCAUGAAGAUUUGCCGUUAGUUUGGCAAGUAUUUCUAUCGCACUUACCUACAGUGUUAUCGUUCUUCUCAUCGGAGACAACAUCUCUACAGUGGCGAUUUAAGCCCACCCACGUUCAACUUGUGUACCUCAUGCUGCCAGUGCUGAAUGUGUCGUGCACCGUAGCAGAUACUCUGGUUAUUCGUACCAAGACGCUCGAUACUCUUCUCGAACUGAUCACACGCUUCCCCAAAGCGUCAAUCUUGCAUUGCGCUAUUGCCCGAUUAUUCAUUGUCGCUCUUGAGGAUUCUCCGUUCAUGUUUGGCAAGGAAUUACCGGCAUUUCGCUCGUCUACAGAUCCUCUACGUAUCCACUUGCUUCUGGGAGGUGCGCUCGACUUUGUGUUACAGAGUUACGGCUGGACAACGAUACCUGAUGCUGCUGCACGGGAAGCCAAGAAGCCGUCACCGCCUCCUGCUUUCCUGGACAUCGCUAUCUCAUUGGAUCAAGCACUUACAAGCGCCUUUGCACAUUCAGCUCAACUUUUCAUGGGCAACUCAGCAUUCGAGCGCUGGAAGGUCUUCCGUCUUGAAGUGCUUUUACCGAUUCAAACACUUUGGGAAGAGCAGUACCAGCCACCACCGGCACCCGAAAUGGGACCUUCACCGACGCUUACAGCGAUGCUUUACGGAGAAGGUCACAGACAGCCGCAGGACGAUUUACCAAGUGAUACGAAACACCGGAAACAAUCCACGGAUGGUAUAGUCCCUGCAACAAUAUCUGGUGAGGCUGCCAAUGCGGAGAUGCCUGGAGAUUCGAAGCCUGGAGAAGGUUCCAGUACCUCAACAGAAGCGGGAAAUGUUCAAACGCAACGAGAGGGAGGUCCAUGCGUCUCGGUAUUAGAUUCACAAUCAAGUUCGACCUCAGAAGCAUCAGCAAUAGCUGUGCACGACGUACCCACACCACUAUCUGCGCUGUACAAUGAAGAAGAGAAGCGUAUGAUGCUUAAAGUUAGCGAUGAUGAUACAGUAUCGUCGUCCCCUCCCAUAGCUCUGGUGAUGCCUGCUGCAGUACCACAGACGACAUAGCUUCUGUUCCGAGUACCGUUAGAUGCAUCGGUAAUGGAUAAUCAAACAGCGGGGC